GGGCGGGCCACUCAGGCUGCGCCUAGCCCUGAGAUGCGGGUCAGGGCUGCCGUCCUGCGCAGCUGCGCAGAGUGACGCUGGGGUGCACAGCCUCUGAGCAGAUGCAUUUCAGUACCUCUCUGUUGGGGUGUUUUUCCAGAACCCCCAGCCUCACAAAUGAGAAAAGACUUUCCUGAAGGCAUCUAGAGCUCUUCACUCCUGGAGUGAAUCUGGAACUGUGGAGGAUGGAGUCCUUAGACCGGAGAAGAACUGGCUCUGAGCAAGAGGAGGGCUUUGGGGUGGAGGCCAGGAGGGCCGCUGAUCUGGGCAUGGUCCCCAAUCUCCGGCGAAGCAAUAGCAGCCUUCACAAGAGCAGGAGACUUCUGUGCCCCUUCAUUGAGAAGCAAGAAAACCUCAGCUCAUGGAUUCCUGAAAACAUCAAGAAGAAGGAAUGUGUGUAUUUUGUGGAAAGCUCCAAACUCUCUGAUGCAGGGAAAGUAGUGUGUGAAUGUGGUUACACCCAUGAGCAGCACUUGGAGGUGGCCAUCAAGCCUCACACUUUUCAGGGCAAGGAGUGGGACCCAAAGAAGCAUGUCCAUGAGAUGCCUACAGAUGCCUUUGGCGACAUCGUUUUCACAGGCCUGAGCCAGAAAGCAGGGAAGUAUGUCCGGGUCUCCCAGGACACGCCCUCCAGUGUCAUCUACCAACUCAUGACCCAGCACUGGGGCCUGGAUGUCCCCAACCUCCUCAUCUCAGUGACCGGCGGGGCCAAGAACUUUAACAUGAAGCUGAGGCUGAAGAGCAUCUUCCGGAGAGGCCUGGUCAAGGUGGCCCAAACUACAGGGGCCUGGAUCAUCACUGGGGGGUCCCACACGGGUGUGAUGAAGCAGGUGGGUGAGGCGGUACGGGACUUCAGCCUGAGCAGCAGUUGCAAAGAAGGAGAAGUCAUCACCAUCGGUGUAGCCACGUGGGGCACCAUCCACAACCGAGAGGGGCUGAUCCAUCCCACGGGAGGCUUCCCCGCUGAGUACAUGCUGGAUGAGGAAGGCCAAGGGAAUCUGACCUGCCUAGACAGCAAUCACUCCCACUUCAUCCUGGUAGAUGAUGGGACUCAUGGGCAAUAUGGUGUGGAGAUUCCCCUGAGGACGAAGCUGGAGAAGUUCAUAUCAGAGCAAACAAAGGAAAGAGGAGGUGUGGCCAUCAAGAUCCCCAUUGUUUGCGUGGUGUUGGAGGGCGGCCCUGGCACUCUGCACACCAUCUACAAUGCCAUCACCAACGGCACACCCUGUGUGAUAGUGGAGGGCUCCGGCCGAGUGGCUGACGUCAUCGCCCAGGUGGCCACUCUGCCUGUCUCUGAGAUCACCAUCUCCCUGAUACAGCAGAAGCUCAGUAUCUUCUUCCAGGAGAUGUUUGAGACUUUCACCGAAAACAGGAUCGUGGAAUGGACCAAAAAGAUCCAAGACAUCGUCCGGAGGCGGCAGCUGCUGACGAUCUUCCGGGAAGGGAAGGAUGGGCAGCAGGAUGUGGAUGUGGCCAUUCUGCAGGCUUUACUGAAAGCCUCUCGAAGCCAAGACCACUUUGGUCAUGAGAACUGGGACCAUCAGCUGAAGCUGGCCGUAGCAUGGAACCGUGUGGACAUUGCUCGAAGUGAGAUCUUCACUGAUGAAUGGCAGUGGAAGCCUUCAGAUCUGCACCCCAUGAUGACAGCUGCCCUCAUCUCCAACAAACCUGAGUUUGUGAGGCUCUUUCUGGAGAAUGGGGUGCGGCUGAAGGAGUUUGUCACUUGGGACACUCUACUCUGCCUGUACGAGAACCUGGAGCCAUCCUGCCUCUUCCACAGCAAGCUGCAGAAGGUGCUGGCCGAAGAGCAUGAGCGCCUGGCCUGUGCGUCUGCUGCACCCCGGCUGCACAUGCACCAUGUGGCCCAGGUGCUGCGUGAGCUCCUGGGGGACUCCACACAGCUGCUGUACCCCCGGCCCCGGUAUAGUGACCGGCCACGGCUCUCACUGCCCAUGCCGCACAUCAAGCUCAAUGUACAGGGAGUGAGCCUCCGGUCCCUCUAUAAGCGAUCAACAGACCAUGUUACCUUCACCAUUGACCCAGUCCGCGACCUUCUCAUUUGGGCCAUCAUCCAGAACCGCCAGGAGCUGGCAGGCAUCAUCUGGGCUCAGAGUCAGGACUGUAUUGCUGCAGCACUGGCCUGCAGCAAGAUCCUGAAGGAGCUGUCCAAGGAGGAGGAGGACACAGACAGCUCGGAGGAGAUGCUGGCGCUGGCGGAUGAGUUUGAGCACAGAGCUAUAGGUGUCUUCACCGAGUGCUACCGGAAGGAUGAGGAGAGAGCCCAGAAGCUUCUUGUCCGUGUGUCAGAGGCCUGGGGGAAGGCCACCUGCCUGCAGCUGGCCCUAGAGGCCAAGGACAUGAAAUUCGUGUCUCAUGGAGGCAUCCAGGCCUUCCUGACCAAGGUGUGGUGGGGCCAGCUCUGUGUGGACAACAGCCUGUGGCAGGUCAUCCUGUGCAUGCUGGCCUUUCCACUGCUCUUCACCGGCCUCAUCUCCUUCAGGGAGAAGAGACUGCAGUCCCUGUGCCGCCCAGCCCGCGUCCGCGCCUUCUUCAACGCGCCCGUGGUCAUCUUCCAUCUGAAUAUCCUGUCCUACUUUGCCUUCCUCUGCUUGUUCGCCUACGUGCUCAUGGUGGACUUCCAGCCCUCACCAUCCUGGUGCGAGUACCUCAUCUACCUGUGGCUCUUCUCCCUGGUGUGCGAGGAGACACGACAGCUCUUCUACGAUCCCGAUGGGUGUGGCCUGAAGAAGAUGGCGUCCCUGUACUUCAGUGACUUCUGGAACAAGCUGGACGUUGGUGCCAUUCUGCUCUUCAUAGUAGGACUGACCUGCCGGCUCAUCCCAGGGACGCUGUAUCCCGGGCGCAUCAUCCUGUCUUUGGACUUCAUCAUGUUCUGCCUCCGCCUCAUGCACAUCUUCACUAUCAGCAAGACGCUGGGGCCCAAGAUAAUCAUCGUGAAGCGCAUGAUGAAGGACGUCUUCUUCUUCCUCUUUCUCCUGGCGGUGUGGGUGGUGUCCUUCGGAGUGGCCAAGCAGGCCAUCCUCAUCCACAACGAGAGCCGGGUGGACUGGAUCUUCCGUGGGGUCGUCUACCACUCCUACCUCACCAUCUUUGGGCAGAUCCCAACCUACAUCGAUGGUGUGAAUUUCAGCAUGGACCAGUGCAGCCCCAAUGGCACAGACCCCUACAAGCCCAAGUGUCCCGAGAGCGACUGGACAGGGCAGACGCCCGCCUUCCCUCAGUGGCUGACGGUCACCCUGCUCUGCCUCUAUCUGCUCUUUGCCAACAUCCUGUUGCUCAACCUGCUCAUCGCCAUGUUCAACUACACAUUCCAGGAAGUGCAGGAACACACAGACCAGAUCUGGAAGUUCCAGCGCCAUGACCUGAUUGAGGAGUACCAUGGCCGGCCGCCGGCACCUCCCCCCUUCAUCCUCCUCAGCCACCUGCAGCUCUUGAUCAAGAGGAUUGUCCUGAAGAUCCCUGCCAAGCGACACAAGCAGCUCAAGAACAAACUGGAGAAGAAUGAGGAGGCAGCCCUCCUGUCCUGGGAGCUCUACCUGAAGGAGAACUACCUGCAGAACCAGCAGUACCAGCUCAAACAGCGGCCAGAACAGAGGAUCCAGGACAUCAGUGAGAAAGUGGACACCAUGGUGGAUCUGCUGGACAUGGACCGUGUGAAGAGGUCCGGCUCCAUGGAGCAGAGGCUGGUCUCCCUGGAGGAACAGGUAGCUCAGACGGCCAGAGCUUUGCACUGGAUCGUGACAACCCUGAAGGACAGUGGCUUUGGCUCGGAGGCAGGUGUGCUGACCCUGGCAUCCCAAAGGACCUUCGAUGAGCCAGAUGCUGAACUGAACAUCAGGAGGAAAGCAGAGGAACCUGGAGAUGGUUACCAUGUGAACGCCCGGCACCUCCUCUACCCCAAUGCCCGCAUCAUGCGCUUCCCCGUGCCCAAUGAGAAGGUGCCGUGGGAGGCGGAGUUUCUGAUCUACGAACCCCCAUUUUACACAGCUGAGAAGAAAGACAUGGCCCUCACAGAUCCUGUGGGAGACAUGGCAGAACCUCUGUCGAAGAUCAGUUACAAUGUUGUGGAUGGACCAACGGACCGUCGUAGCUUCCAUGGAGCCUAUGUGGUCCAGGAUGGGCUCCCUUUGAACCCCAUGGGCCGUACGGGGUUGCGUGGACGUGGAAGCCUCAGCUGGUUUGGACCCAACCACACACUGCAGCCGGUGGUUACUCGGUGGAAGAGGAACCAGGGCGGAGCCAUCUGCCGGAAGAGCGUCAGAAAGAUGCUGGAGGUGCUGGUGAUGAAGCUGCCCCACUCCGAGCACUGGGCCUUGCCGGGGGGGUCUCGGGAACCAGGGGAGAUGUUGCCACGGAAGCUGAAGCGGGUCCUCCGGCAAGAGUUCUGGGUGCCCUUUGAGACCUUGCUGGUGCAAGGUACAGAGGUGUACAAAGGGUAUGUGGAUGACCCGAGGAACACAGACAAUGCCUGGAUUGAGACAGUGGCUAUCAGCAUCCAUUUCCAGGGCCAGAAUGAUGUGGAGCUGAAGAGUCUGGAAGAGAACCUGCGCACCCAUGAUCCAAAGGAGUCGACCUACGGCCUGCAGAUGUCUACUGAAUGGCAGGUGGUGGAUCGGCGCAUCCCCCUGUAUGCAAACCACAAGACCAUCCUCCAAAAGGUGGCCUCGCUGUUUGGAGCUCACUUCUGACUGUGGCUUCUGGUGGAACUAGCUCCAGGGGCAGGCAUGGCUAGCCACCAAUGUUCCCCAACACCACUUGGGCUGCUUUAUCUUGGUCUGGGUGGCAGACUAGGGUACUGGGUUGGGGUGGUAGGUUGUGGUGCUGGGUUGGGGUGACCAUAGGAUCUUAACAAGUCCCCAGAGGUGCUGUCCUGAAAGUCACCUCUGCUACAACGGGAUUACGGAUGAGGACAGAGUGUAUUCAGUGGCUCCUGGUGCCUGUGUCCUCAGGUACCAUGCCUUGACCUUGGCUUUAUGGGGCCCUGUCCAGCCAGAUGCUGCCACUACCCAUAAUCCUGACUGGAAGUGCUCCCUCUGGGGCAGGUGCUAUCUCCUGGAGGGACUUCUGUCCUCAUUGUGGGAGCCUUCUAUCCUAGGCAGAAGGCAGAUAGAGGCUGGAUCUCCUUCAGGAAGAGACACUGUCCUCAUGAUUCCUGGCCGGUGCUGGGUCACAGGCACUGGGGAGGCAGUGAGGGCUUUGAGAUGAAUGAUCGUCAUCCCUAGACUUUAGAAGUGCUCUUCGGAAAGCACUCAAGCAGGGCAUCCCCCAGCUCCAGCUGACCUGCUGGAUACAGAAAGUAUCAGAAGAAGACAGUGCAUCCUGUCACGGCCUCUAGAGGAAUGUACCAUUCUCUGACAGGGUGACCUAUGACUCAGGGAUUGGUACUGGCUACAAGACCAACUCUGAAGCUGGGGUAGGGGUGGGCAAUGCUGAGGUUUAAUGGGAUGGGACAAUAAAGGACUGGUAUGAUCAGUCUAUCUAAAAAUUAAUCUUGCCGGGCAGUGGUGGUGCAUGCCUUUAAUCCCUUGGGAUUAAAGAGUUUGGGAGGCAGAGGCAGGUGGAUCUCUGUGAGUUCGAGGCCAGCCUGGGCUACAGAGCAAGUUUCAGGACAGGCUCCAAAGCCACACAGAGAAACCCUGCUCGAAAACAAACAAACAAACAAACAAAAAAAGAUAAAUAAAAUAAAAAAAUAAAAAUUAAUCUCGAAAAAGUCCAGGACUCAACUUGGACCACCGGAACAAAGGAAAGCAUGUGAACUCUGGGGUGGGGGGCAGGGCCUCUCCCAGUAGAUUGGGGGACAUAUUCUGAGCUGGCAUGAACCAGUGGAGGCAGCCUGGUUCCCAGGAAAGAAGCCUAGAUGCCCAGAAGGAAGUGGUCUGAUUGACAUUUCCUGCCAAGCAACACAAGUCUUGGGUCUCUGGGAAGCAACAGGUAGCCCAGUGAGGGCUGCCGCGUGGCUCCAUGGAACCUGAGAGGACACAGUCCUGGGGGCAGCGGUGUCCUUUUUCCAGUUCAGGCUUCAAAACAAUGCAGAAAGUCAGGAAGUCUGGAGGAUCCAGGAAGCCCUGGAGAUCCAGGAAUCCUGGGAGAUCUAGGAAUUCUGGGAGAAACAAGGAUUCCAGCGGUACAAAGGAGGAGGCUCUGUCUGGCCCAUGCUGUUGAGAAAACGUAUCUUAAAAAUGACUGGCUCUGCUCUGGCUGUG